AUGGGCGGCGAUGCGCAGGGGACGGCUGCCGUCGGUAGCGCGGCGCGACGAAGCGAAGUCGGUGCGUCAGGAGGUGCACAAGAGUGCGCCGGCGAGAUUGUUGAGAAUGGGAGCGCCCACCCUUGCCGGCGCGGCGGAACUGGGCAACGGGUGGCAGGUGACAAAGAAGGCCAGGCGGAGGGGGUUGAUGCGGCGGAGAAUGGGACUGCACCCGCGGAUCGGCCUGUGCAGUUCUCGACGUCUGCGGGCAGCCAGUGCCGUGAUUUUGGGUUCGACCAUUACGUGGUGUACGAUUUCGAGGCGACCUGCGACCAUCCCAGCCAAGUUGCACCGCAGGAAAUCAUCGAGUUUUCCUGUGUCGUCAUCGAUGCAAAGACCCUGGAAAUUCGGCCUGAUGGGUACCAGAAAUAUCUACGCCCGACUGUCAACCCUUGCCUCACCUCUUUUUGCCAACAACUCACAGGUAUAAAACAGGAGCAGGUUGAUGCUGGGGAGUCGCUCAUGGCUGUGCUGGAGGAUCACGAGCACUGGCUGGAGUCAAAAGGCAUACUAGCUGAAGGGAAGGCGUUCGUUCCUUGCACAUGGACCAACUGGGACAUGGGGGAGCAACUUGAGCUCGAGUGUUGGUGGAGACACAUCCUAAAGCCAGUAUACUUCGACCGAUGGAUAAACCUGAAGAAGCUUUUCGCCCAGCAGUACAGGUCAUGGCUGUCCCUGAAGCAGAGUGUGGCUCUGCUCAAGCUCAACUGGGAGGGCAGGAACCACUGUGGCAUGGACGAUGCCCGGAACACCGCCCGCCUGGCUGUGAAGAUGAUUCAAGACGGCGUUGAGAUGAAGGUCACUGGCUGCGUGUCAAGUUUCCAGGCUAGGCAUGUCCCCAGCGUCGGUGACUGGACGAUGCCGCCUACCAAGAAGCGCAAGUUGAUGGACGCGUGUGUUCAAACCGACGGCGGCCCUGGGGAGACGCCGGCACCAUUGUCAGCAAAUGAGACAGGGCAGGCUGGUUGCUUGGAGGUUUCGCAGAGUGGACGUGGCCCAUCUCCUGAUGCCAGGCCUUCGUCACGAGAGCCAGUCAAACAGAGCCCAGUGUGCACGACUGGCGUGAAAGACCUGCACAGUGCUGGCGAUGUCCUCUUGGGUCUGUUGAAGAGGAGUGGGGCAGCGUUGGGCGCAAGCCAAAGCCAGGGGAAGCAGGUGGUUGCUUCGAAGACUUUGGAGCCUGCCAACCGCCCUGGGCGCCCCACGGGUGGGGUGUCCCCACACCCCAUGACCAAACACCAACAGCGCAGUCGUCUCCAGUCUGCCGGUGGCGCCGCGGUGCCAGCAAGUGGUGUGAACAAAGAUGGGGAGAGGCCCGGGAUGUUUGGGACGGGCGUGGGUCCGCAGGUGUUGCCCGUUGAUGCUGCAUCUAGCCAGGGCGUUGGGCUUCCAGCAGAGGGUGCAGAAUCGCUGAAUGACCGAAUGAACCGCAUAUUGCAGUCAUUGAAGGCAAGGGGGAAGGGCUGA